UCGUUUUCUCGCUGCAUUUAUUAGAUGAUGACGUGUAAAGAACCAUCAUUUAAAUAUUCAGAAUAAUGUUCAUUGUGUGUUAAAGGUAAUUUUUCAUUGUAAGUUAACGUAAAAAAAUAACCAUUCAAGAAGAUUGAAAAAAAAUUCAUAACUUAAAAAAAAUUGGGUUUACCAAUGACCUGUAUUUGCUAUCCAACAUGGCAGAUGGUAAUGCACUUAACGAAUCAUACGAGCUUGUAAUAACCAGCGGUAGUAGCAGUAGUACUAGUAAUAGUAUAAGCGUUACAUCUGCGUCUGUUGGGAGUUUAAACGGGGUUACUGUUAGCUCUAGCGAUACAUUAGGAAUUAACCAUGAGAGUAACCAGGUUCAAGCUGAGAUUACUGAAGCAGAUAUUCUGCAACAGGCCUUUCAAGAGGCAUCUGGAGAAUUUGAACAAAUUGCCGUGACGUAUGGAAAUGAACAAAAUGUUCUUGCAACUAACCAUAGACACUUUUCAAGAAAUGACGAACUCUCUGUGAUUCCGAGUGUGACAGAGUCUUCAAUAAAUUCUAACGUAAAUGCUAAUCCACAAACUAAUGUACAUUUACAAGUAGGUCUGAUCAGCAGACCAAAUUUUAGUACUAAUAGUAAUAGUACUAUUUCUAAUAUUAGUAGUGACAAAAAAGAAACUCAUUUAAACAUACCAGCGUCAGUACUGUCAAUUGGAAAUAAAAGUGUAAACACUGUAUGUCCAGAUCUAGUUAAUCAAAUAGUAGCUGUUGAUGGUAGCUCUGGAGUGAGAUUUAUUACUAGCAAUGGUGAUAUCCUAAAUACAAGCAAUGAUGCUCAGUCUUAUGGACUACAGAGCUUUAUUGUUGCUAUUCCGGAGGUAUCUGAUAGUUUUACAGACAACUUAUCUUUGGUAGCACCUAAUUUAUCUGAAAAUCCUUCCUUUAUCAACCAACUGCCUGUAAUCACACAAGGAUUUUCCGAAAGUUCAUCCACAGAAUCUUUGUCUGAUGUCUCAUUUACAACUGUGCCUGUCAGUUCUAUAUUUUCCACAUGUAGUGUUAGCAGUAGGCACACAAAUACAAUAUCAGGAACAUCCAGCAUACCACUACCAGUGUCAUCCUCAGAAGUUUUUACUAUUUUUACUCAGAGUUUGCCAGAGAAUACACAAUCAUUAUCUGGGAUUCCUCAGGGGUUGACACAACCGGUAGGUUUAUCAGUGACACAAGCAUCAUUGCCAGAAGUUGCUUUAAAGCAGAUUGAAAGUUUUCCUCUUUCAAAAAAUGUGCAUAGAGUGUCUUUGCCAGAGGCUUCAGCCAUUCAGCAGUUAACUGGCCAAGUAACCUUGCCCUUGCAAAACUUUAAUACCAUUUCAAAUACUGUUAGUGCUAACAGUCAAAACUUAACAAUAGCUAGUGUAUUAAAUGGAACAUCAAAUUUAAUAGUGAAUCAGGGUGGUACAUUGACAGUUCCACUACCAGUUUUAACAAAUAGUAGUAAUAGUUUUUCUAAUGAUGUUAUUGUAGUUAAUACUUCAGAUAAUGUGGAGAAUGUUUUAGGAUCAUCAGUUAAUACAACCACCUCAGCAUUCAAUCCUUCAGUGACAACAAAACCAAAUGUUCAUAAAUUAACAUUUACUUCAAAAACUGACUCAAAUAUAUUAAGUAGUCAGUCUUCAACUAAUAGUGUAAAACUAGUGCAGGGUCUAAAUCAAAGAUCUCUAACAUCUUUAAAACUUAAGUCGAAAAGUGCACCUUUAGGUUCCAGUGAAAAUCCAAUCCAAAUAAUUCAGCAGGGGAACACUUAUCAUUCAACUCAAGUACUAACACAGGAACAGUUACAACAGAUUGCACAUGUUUUGCAGCAACAACAAAUCUCAAAAGCUUCAGAAAGUGGUGGAAGUUCAGUUCUUUAUAAUCCUGCCACAAACACUCGUAUUAUAUAUCGUGUUAUUUACCCAUCUGAGUUCCAAGAAAAAAGCAAUAGCAACAGUAAAGAUGUUUCUAUCAGGGGAGGAAGAGUAGGAAUAAAGAGAGGAAGAGGUAGGCCAAGAAAAAUAUGGAAUAUUAAAAAAACUCAAGAUGAACCUGAUGAUGAAACACAAAGUCAAGAGAUUAGCAGAGAAGAAAAGGAGCUAAAGAAAAAACACCGUCCACGAACUAGGUCAGGACGUAUUUCCAAACCUCCAUCUUACAUGGUUCAAGAUUAUAAAAGGAUUCAUCAUUUGGAUUUUAAUGAAGAUCCUCAUGAUGACACUGAUGGAGGCUAUUCUGAUUUUCAAAUGAGUGAUGAAGAUCCAGAAAACAUUAAUCAUGGACCCAAAUAUUUAUCACCAGGUGCAAACACAGUCCGCCCAAGAAAUCAUAAGUGUACAAGUUGUGAUAAAGCUUACAUUGGUCAAGGAGGUUUAGCUCGCCAUUAUCGACAGUAUCCUUCGCAUGGCAGUCUCCCUGAUACAGAAGAAAAUAGUGUAUAUGAUGAUGAAUAUUCCAACACCUCUGCCAUUUCUAAUAGUACAACACCCAGUGGACAAACUACCUCAGUUACCGACACCACAAUCAGUGAAAAACUUGACCCUGUUCUUCGUCAUUGCACUGAUGAAGAUUUGCUGGAGAUAGUCUUACCACGACUUAUCAGAGUGAUCUCUUUGUGGGAGUUCCUGUUGAAGAAGUUUCAAAAUGAAGACAAUGGUGAACUAGAUAUUGUUGAAAUGUUUGAUCAGUUAACUGUUCUGAUCACAUAUGUUCGCACAUUAGCACAAGAUUGUCUCAAACCUUCUUUAGAGGACAUCAGUACAGAAAAUAGUAACUCGAGUGUGAAGGUUCAUAGUGAAGAACUUGCUCAGUUACUUGGAGUAUCAGUGGGAGUCUAUCAAACCAAGCCCUGGAAGAAUCCUCAUCAAACAGAGACUUCUUUAGAAAACCCAAGCUUUACUUCUGACCAACAGUGUACAAAACACUUUGAUGAUGCCUCAUCCUCUGUGUUGCAUAAUUCCAGUGAUGCUGUUCUUUCUGAUUCACGUGAUUUUGUAAACUCAAAACAGGACAGUGCUCUAUCUUCUUGCUUGUUACUACCUGAAAGUAAUUCAAAUAACAGCAUUACUGUGUGUGCUUCUGAACUAAAGAAUACCUCAGUCUCUCUCACAGGCUGUCAGAGUGCUAAUACUCCAGUUUCUGAACAGUCUACAACAGACAUUUUUCAGCUUGUUGAAAGUAAUGCUUCUCGUCCUCCUCAUAAGAAACCACGACUAGGGGAGUUGACAGGUUUAAGCAAAAGUGUUACUGGUGUGUGUAGUCUGCCUUAUAAGAUUUUAAAUGCUGACUGUACAAUCAGUGACAUCACAGAUAUUGAGAAUAAUGGUAACAAAGACACUGCGAGCCCAUUAUCCGAAAAUGUUUCCUCAAAUGUAGAAAUAAGAAGUAACCCUUCAUGUUCAGGAGAAACUGUAACAAAAAAUAAACUAAAAGACAAAGAAGCUUACCAGAAUUUAAUAGAAUUAGAGUUUGGAGUAAACAACUCUAAUGCAUCUUCUUAUCAAGCAAACUUUCAGAAUAGUCUAACUAAUACUGCAGCAAAUGAUAAACUUGCUACAUUUGCUAGCAUAGCAGAGCAGUUAAGUACCAUUUCUGUAAAAAAUGUUCAACUUCCAUUCAUGGUUAACCAAGUAAUCCCAAUUUCAGAAGGUUGUAUUUCCAGAGAAAGUAAUAAUACAAAAAGAGGUGCUUCUAGUCUGCAUUUGGAUAGUUCUAAGUCUCAGGAAAAUUUUGUACAAGACCCUAAACCAGGUAGUUUUCUUAAGAUAUCAAAUAAUAAUAGAAGUGUUUCUGGUAGUGCUACUGAUUUGCAAAGUUCCAUUUUUCUGAACCCAACUAGAUGCAGUAAACAAAGUCAGUUCCAGAAACACUUACAAGUGAAUACUAAUGAUAAUCAUCAGAAUACAUCAACUUAUGAUCACCAGCACAAUGAAACAAUGGUUAACAAAAAUCAACACCGGAAAAUACGAAAAGAAGAACCUGCUGGUGAGGAAAAUUACCAGGAAGAGAGACAGAAUGAUGAUCAGCAGCAAGAACUACCAGCACGAGUGGACAGUACUAAUUACCAACAACAGAUGGGAAAUUCAGGAGAAUUACUAUCCUCAGUUAAUUCACAGGACUCUUCUUCCUUGAUCCAACAGGUCAUGCUUCCAGAUGAACAGGUAGUUGAAGAAUUAGAUAGUAAUGAACCAGGAGUAAGAGAACUUGGAGAACAUCAAGUUUACCUGGCAACGUGAUAAUUGUUCAGAAUCCUGAUGGAACCACUACAUUACAAAUCCCUAGUGACCAGUCAAUCCCCUUGGAGACAUUACAAGCUUUGCUAGCAAUGGAUCAGAACUUAUCGGAAUUUCUUGGAGGAAACUUAAAGCAACAAGAACAACAAAGCUCAUAAAUUAUUUAAACUGUAAAAUAUAGCUUGUUUUGUACACCCUUUAAGACAAACAGGUUUAUGUAUAGUACUAAUUUUCCUACAUUUAUCAGCGUGUACAGAUGUUCUUUGUUUUAUAAUUUAUGUAUGUAUUGUUCUUUUGAGGCAAAACUCUUUUGUACUUCAACAACACUAUAGUAUAUUUGUAUUGAUUAAAACUGAACUGAACUUCAACAAACACCACAGAAACUUCGUUACUCACUAUAUUAUUAAAAUAUAUUUGAGGUAAAAGUAGUGUAUAUGCAUAUCAAUAACAAAGAGCUGAAUAUUUUUAACUUUUAUGUUUUGUAUAGAGCUGAAGUAUCAGUUAGUUAUGAAGGUCUGUGGAAGAUGCACACAUGCUGAUAGUUGAAUUUUUUUUUAUUAUCCUGUAAUUGUUGUUUGUUCUUAGUAUUUUUUUUUUUAAAGAAAUUCUACUUGAAAAAAAUGUGUGGUAUUAUUUGUAUAUGAAACAUUGGAGACAAUUAUAAUAUUGUAAAAUGGUUUUGGUUGCCAAAACAUUUGGUGGCUAGUAUGCAAAAAGUACUUGAAAACUUCUUUUUUUUUUUGCCCAAAGCAGACAGUUUCUGUGUGAGUGCUCAUUUUCAUAGGGGAAUAUUUUACACGGAAUGGAAAGACACUAGGAUUUUUCACACACACUGGGGAUUUGGAUGCUUCAAAAGAGUGAUGGUCAAAUACCACUAUUUGAUUAGUCCAUGAGUUGGCAAUAGGUGGUUUUGACUAGCUGUCUUCCUUCUAGUCUAUCACAAAAUAAUUAGAGUUGGCACAGAUAGCUCACAAAUAAAUGCGAAAUUUGUCAAAAAACAAUCUACAUUUAAUUUCUGUAGUGCAUAUUAGUGUAUAGAAGACAUAUUAAUACUAGAAAUAAACGACCCUAUAAAAGUUUUGGUUUGUGUUACAGUGAACGCUUUUGAAGAAGCUGUAACAGCGAAACGUUGAGUAUUUAGUUAAAUAAAAACAUUUUGGUGUUAUAAGUUCGUUUAUUUCUAGUAUUAAAAACAGUCUGUGUGUAUUUUUCCUUACAUUAGAUUA